CAGAUAACAGCCCGGUCACAGGGAUAAAAGGGGGAGCCUCCCAGGCCCCUGCCCUGCACCUCCCUGACAGUGACACCAUGGCCUUCCUCUGGCUCCUCUCUUGCUUCGCCCUCCUGGGCACAGCCUUCGGCUGCGGGGUCCCCGCCAUCCACCCCGUGCUGAGCGGCCUGUCCAGGAUUGUCAAUGGGGAGGACGCCGUCCCCGGCUCCUGGCCCUGGCAGGUGUCCCUGCAGGACAAAACUGGCUUCCACUUCUGCGGGGGCUCCCUCAUCAGCGAGGACUGGGUGGUGACUGCUGCCCACUGCGGGGUCAGAACCUCCCACCUGGUUGUGGCCGGGGAGUUCGACCAGGGCUCAGACGCUGAGGACACCCAGGUGCUGAAGAUCGCCAAGGUGUUCAAGAACCCCAAGUUCAGCAUGUUCACCGUCAACAACGACAUCACCCUGCUGAAGCUGGCCACGCCCGCCCGCUUCUCCCAGACCGUGUCCGCCGUGUGCCUGCCCGAUGAGGCCGACGACUUCCCUGCCGGCACCCUGUGCGCCACCACCGGCUGGGGCAAGACCAAGUACAACAAUGCCAACACCCCCGACAAGCUGCAGCAGGCGGCCCUGCCCCUCCUGUCCAACGCCAGCUGCAAGAAGUUCUGGGGCAACAAGAUCACCGACCUCAUGGUCUGCGCCGGCGCCAGCGGCGUCUCCUCCUGCAUGGGCGACUCUGGAGGCCCCCUGGUCUGCCAGAAGGAUGGAGCCUGGACCCUGGUGGGCAUCGUGUCCUGGGGCAGCGGCACCUGCUCCACCUCCAGCCCUGGUGUGUACGCCCGGGUCACAGAGCUCAUGCCCUGGGUGCGGCAGAUCCUGGCCGAGAACUGAGGCCCUGGCCCUGCCAACCCUGCUCCCACAAAGCUCAAUAAACCCGUAAAAACAUG